UGGGGCGGCCGCGCACCGGCCCGGCCGGGAGUCCGAGGGGGAGCGAGGGGGGGCAGGUAACGCGGCGGUGGGGAGAGGGAAUCCGCUCCCCCGAAACCCUGGAGGCGAAGAUACCCCUGACUGAGAGGCUUGGGAGGGGAAGGGGGGAAAUUGAACGCACCCGAAUUUUUGUAGUUUUGUUGAAAUAAUCAAGUGCCGACGGCAGAUUUUUAGGCAGGAAAAAAAAAAAAAAAAAAAAAAAAAAGAUAGAGAGUUGGAGCCUACUGUUUUGGAUGCCGGCUUGAAUUUUUUGUUUACUUUCCGGUUUUAACCACUGCUAAAUGUGGAUUUUGUGAGAGAACCCGAUGGCGGUUGUGCCAUUGUUCCUUGCUUGAACGUAAAUCUUAGUUCUGCUGCUUGUGGAUUUCCCCCCCCCAAUUAUUUAUUUACUUUUUAAAAGGACCUUUCCAGCUAGCUUUUACGCCUGACAAAAUGAAGCCUUUGUAUUUUGCAAUCAAUUAUACCUAAUAUUGACAGUCUGUUUAGUCCAAGAGACUUAAAGUGCUGCCUCACUCAGAGGACCAUUAAAGACUUUCUGUUUUGCUACAUGUAGCUGAAUGUGUUACUGCACAUCCUUUCUCUCCCCCCAAAUCUUCCAAAAGAUUUUUCCAAAAUGAAGAAAUUUAAUUUUCGCAAAGUUUUGGAUGGUUUAACUGCCUCAUCCCCUGGUGGAAGCAGUGGUGGUGGCAGUGGUGGUGGAAGUGGGGCUGGUGGUGGCUCCAUGCACCCAGGAGGGACUGCAGGAGCUGCAGGGACACCCAGAGACGAGAUCCAGGAGACGCUCACUUCUGAUUAUUUCCAAAUUUGUAAGACGGUUCGCCAUGGUUUUCCUUAUCUACCCACUGCCUUAGCUUUUGACCCAGUUCAGAAAAUCCUGGCAAUUGGAACAAGAACAGGAGCCAUACGAAUAUUGGGCAGGCCUGGUGUUGAUUGCUACUGCCAACAUGAAAGUGGUGCUGCAGUUCUGCAGCUCCAGUUCUUAAUCAAUGAGGGUGCUUUGGUCAGUGCAAGUGCAGAUGAUGCACUUCAUUUGUGGAAUCUCCGACAGAAACGACCAGCUAUCCUACAUUCUCUGAAAUUUAACAGGGAAAGGAUUACUUACUGCCAUCUACCUUUCCAGAGUAAAUGGCUUUAUGUUGGAACAGAGAGGGGAAAUACACACAUUGUAAAUAUUGAGUCCUUCAUUCUUUCUGGAUAUGUUAUCAUGUGGAACAAGGCAAUAGAACUAUCCACAAAGACUCACCCUGGGCCAGUUGUACAUUUAAGUGACAGCCCAAGAGAUGAAGGAAAACUAUUGAUAGGUUAUGAAAAUGGGACUGUAGUACUCUGGGACUUACGAUCUAAAAGAGCUGAUCUGAGAGCUUAUUAUGAUGAGGCUAUUCAUUCUGUUGCUUGGCAUCAUGAAGGGAAACAGUUCAUGUGCAGUCACUCUGAUGGCAGCUUGACCCUAUGGAAUCUGAAAAGUCCUAACAGACCAUUCCAGACCACAAUUCCACAUGGAAAAAUUCAGAGAGAUGGGAAAAAACCUGAAUCUUGUAAACCAAUUCUUAAAGUAGAGUACAAGACCUGUAAAAACAGUGAACCUUUUGUGAUAUUUUCUGGUGGACUGUCAUAUGAUAAGGCUUGUCGAAGACCAAGUUUAACAAUCAUGCAUGGGAAAGCAAUUACAGUUCUUGAAAUGGAUCACCCUAUAGUUGAUUUUUUAACUCUUUGUGAAACUCCAUAUCCAAAUGAAUUUCAAGAACCCUAUGCUGUAGUUGUGCUUUUGGAAAAAGAUCUCAUUGUUGUUGACCUGACACAAAGCAAUUUUCCAAUCUUUGAAAAUCCAUACCCUAUUGACAUUCAUGAGUCACCUGUUACCUGCACAGAAUAUUUCGCGGACUGUCCUCCAGAUUUGAUUCCUGUACUCUAUUCUGUAGGAGCAAAACAUAAAAAGCAAGGAUACAGCAAUAAGGAGUGGCCUAUCAGUGGUGGAGCAUGGAACCUUGGAGCUCAGACAUAUCCCGAAAUCAUUAUUACAGGCCAUGCAGAUGGAUCAGUAAAGUUUUGGGAUGCUUCUGCCAUUACCCUACAGAUGUUGUACAAAUUAAAAACAUCAAAGGUCUUUGAAAAACAGAAACCAGGAGAAGGAAAAGCAACAGCUGAGAUUGUGGAAGAAGAUCCUUUUGCUGUUCAGAUGAUGUACUGGUGUCCUGAAAGCCGAAUUUUCUGUGUGGCAGGAGUUUCUGCAUAUGUGGUUGUUUACAGGUUCAGCAAACAUGAAGUAAAUACGGAAAUUGCAUCAUUAGAGGUACGACUUCAGUAUGAAGUAGAAGAUAUCAUUACUCCUGAACCAGAAAUAAUUCCUCCAUUUCCAGAUGCCUCACCCCAGCUUCCUUCUUUAAAGAGUCUUUCAGGCAGUACCAACACUGUAGCAUGUGAAGGAACAAUGAAGGAUAGUAUCCCAUGUCUUAGUGUUAAGACUCGACCUGUGCGAAUGCCUCCUGGAUACCAAGCAGAUCUUGUUAUUCAGCUGGUGUGGGUGGAUGGUGAGCCUCCACAACAGAUCACCAGUCUUGCUGUAAACUCUGCUUAUGGACUAGUGGCAUUUGGAAACUGUAAUGGUUUGGCCGUUGUGGACUUUAUGCAGAAGACAGUACUGCUGAGCAUGGGAACCCUUGACCUGUAUGGAUCAAGUGAUCCAUACCAGCGUCAACCCCGUUCACCUCGCAAAAGCAAGCAGUUUGCUGCAGACAACUUUUGCAUGCGUGGCCUGUCUAACUUUUAUCCAGAUUUAACGAAACGGAUCCGUACUUCCUAUCAGAGCCUGACUGAACUCAGUGACAGUCCAGUUUCCCUGGAGCUAGAGCGUUGCAAGUCUCCCACUUCAGGUAAAGAUCACGUCAAUGGUCACUGUACAAGUCCAACGUCCCAGAGCUGUGGUUCAGGAAAACGACUUUCCAGUGCAGAUGUCUCGAAAGCAAACCGCCGAGGGCCCGGGAGGCCUCCCUUCAGAAAAGCGCAGUCUGCGGCCUGCAUGGAGAUUUCUCUCCCAGUCACCACAGAAGAAAAUAGGGAAAACUCCUUCAGCCGUUCCCGAAGUUCCAGUGUGUCCAGUAUCGACAGGGACUCAAAGGAGGCAAUUACAGCUUUGUACUUCAUGGAGUCCUUUGCCCGAAAGAACGACUCCGCCGUCUCCCCCUGUCUCUGGGUUGGAACAGGCCUCGGUAUGGUCUUAAUCCUCUCCCUUAAUCUGCCUGCUAGUGACGAUCUACGGCAGUCAGAGCCAGUCAUGGUGUCGCCAAGUGGCACAGUUCUGACACUCAAAGGAGCUGUGCUGACCUUCGCGUGCCUGGACUGCAUGGGGACAUUGACACAUCCACCGUAUGAAGUAUGGAGGGACCCACACAGUGCUGAUGAUGGUGAAAAAACAAGAAAAAGGAAACUUGUCAUGCAUUCCCCUUCCUCCUCUCAGGAUAUGGGUGAUCAUCAAUUUGCAGUCAUUUGUUCAGAAAAACAAGCCAAAGUCUUCUCAUUGCCUUCCCAAACAUGUCUUUAUGUCCACAACAUCACCGAAACGUCCUUUUUAUUGCGAGCAGAUGUGGUCACCCUCUGUAACAGCGUCUGUCUGGCGUGCUUUUGUGCCAAUGGGCACAUCAUGACACUGAGCUUGCCCAGCCUCCGCCCACUGCUGGACACCAACUAUUUGCCCGUAACGGACAUGAGGAUAGCGCGGACCUUUUGUUUCACUAACGAAGGGCAAGCUUUGUACCUCAGCUCUCCCACGGAGAUCCAGCGCCUGACGUACAGCCAGGAGAUGUGUGACAGCCUGCAGGACAUGCUUGGGGAUUUAUUUACUCCUGUGGAAACACCAGAAGCCCAAAACAGAGGCUUUCUCAAAGGACUUUUUGGAGGAAGUGGACAAGCUUUUGACAGAGAGGAGCUUUUUGGCGAGGCCACGGCGGGAAAAGCCUCUCGCAGUCUUGCCCAGCACAUCCCCGGAUCAGGUGGAAUUGAGGGCGUGAGAGGAGCCGCAGGAGGAGUCAUUGGGGACUUGACUCGUGCCCGCAUUGCCCUUGAUGAGAGAGGACAGAAACUGGGAGAGCUGGAUGAAAGGACUGCGAGCAUGAUGGCCAGCGCAGAGGCGUUUUCCAAACAUGCACAUGAGGUGAUGCUGAAAUACAAGGACAAAAAGUGGUACCAGUUUUAGACUUUCAAAGAAGCUGCUUGUGGCUUUAAGAACACUGUUCAAGGAAGCAGCAUUCCUUCCCAAAUCUACCAGUCACUGGCCAGAGACAGUUUCUUCUCCUAGAAGAUGUUUUCCUGUUACUAUUAUUGGAUUCAUCACAGUGGGAGUCAAGGAGAAAUUUUACAGUCCGUGACACAGAAGCUAGAAUCAUGUGGGUCUCAGUCCAACAGCUGGCUCAUGCAGUAGCCAGUUUGUUUCCAAAACGAACUCAACCAUCACUGUGGCAUGUAGUUUUUCAGAAGCUGUAGGUAUGAACUGUGGGGAGUGCGUCUGGUAAAAAAUACUCUGUACAAACAACUCAAAUGUUAAUGCACUUACAAAACUUUGCAUGACUAAUUGACAUCUUAAAAAAAAAAACAAAAAAAAAAAACACAAAACAAAAAAACAGAAAAAGAAAGCAUGUUGUGACCGAAGA